GCGGAAGCCGCUCGCGGCGCGUCUGGUCCAGCCGCGGGCUGAGCGCGGAGCGACGGCGGGAGCGGGAGCCGGGCCGGGCGCGAGCUCAGGGAGCGCAGCCUGCAUCCCCAGCCCGGCCGAGCGCGCAGGCAACGACAGCGAGCGGAGCUGGGCACGGCGCGCCGGGGCUGGGGCCGCCGCCGAGGGGAUGCGACUGCUGGCCCGGGCCGGGGUGUAGAGAGGGCGGGUCCCCGGCCUUGGGAGCGCGGCGCUGGGGAGGACGGCGGCGGCGGCGGCGGCGGCCAUGGCGACCCCCGGCAACCUGGGGUCCUCCGUCCUGGCGAGCAAGACCAAAACCAAGAAGAAGCACUUCGUAGCGCAGAAAGUGAAGCUCUUCCGGGCCAGCGACCCGCUGCUGAGCGUUCUGAUGUGGGGGGUCAACCACUCGAUCAAUGAACUGAGCCAUGUUCAGAUUCCUGUCAUGUUGAUGCCAGAUGACUUCAAAGCCUAUUCAAAGAUAAAGGUGGACAAUCACCUUUUUAACAAAGAAAACAUGCCAAGCCAUUUCAAAUUCAAGGAAUACUGCCCGAUGGUUUUCCGUAACCUGCGGGAGAGGUUUGGAAUCGAUGACCAAGAUUUCCAGAAUUCCUUGACCAGGAGCGCACCCCUUCCCAAUGACUCCCAGGCACGCAGUGGGGCUCGUUUUCACACUUCCUAUGACAAGAGAUACGUCAUCAAGACCAUUACCAGUGAGGAUGUGGCUGAGAUGCACAACAUCCUGAAGAAGUACCACCAGUAUAUAGUGGAAUGUCAUGGGAUUACCCUUCUUCCCCAGUUCUUGGGCAUGUACCGGCUUAAUGUGGACGGAGUUGAAAUAUAUGUGAUUGUUACAAGAAAUGUGUUCAGCCAUCGUUUAUCUGUAUACAGGAAAUACGACUUAAAGGGCUCCACGGUGGCUAGAGAAGCGAGUGACAAGGAAAAGGCCAAAGAACUGCCAACUUUAAAGGAUAAUGAUUUCAUUAAUGAGGGCCAAAAGAUUUAUAUUGAUGACAAUAACAAAAAGGUGUUCCUGGAAAAACUGAAAAAGGAUGUUGAGUUCCUUGCCCAGUUAAAGCUCAUGGACUACAGCCUUCUGGUGGGCAUUCACGACGUGGAGAGAGCUGAGCAAGAGGAGGUGGAGUGCGAGGAGAAUGACGGGGAGGAGGAGGGAGAGAGCGAUGGCACCCACCCAGUGGGCACCCCACCAGACAGCCCCGGAAACACGCUGAACAGUUCACCACCCUUGGCUCCGGGCGAGUUUGACCCCAACAUUGAUGUGUAUGGAAUUAAGUGCCAUGAGAAUUCGCCGAGGAAAGAGGUGUACUUCAUGGCCAUCAUUGACAUCCUCACUCACUAUGAUGCAAAGAAGAAAGCAGCCCAUGCUGCAAAAACUGUUAAACACGGGGCUGGAGCGGAGAUCUCAACCGUGAACCCAGAACAGUAUUCAAAGCGCUUUUUGGACUUUAUUGGCCACAUCUUGACGUAACCUCCUGCAUAGCCUGGAGGGCGUGAUCGUGAGAAGAACAGAGGUGGCUCUGGCAUAGGAAAACUGAAAACCAAACUCAACGAAGCACUCAUCUUGCAGGAAACAAGCCUCCCUGUUUACAUCUUCAGGCCAAGAUGACUGAUUUGGGGCUACUCGCUUUAACAGCUACCUGAUAUUUCCCAGCAUCGUUCUAGCUAUUUCUGACUCCGCGUAAGUGCGUGUGUGCGCACACACCUGCUCAUGUGCACAUUUUUAAAUAAUUAAUUAAAAUUUUGAUCAGCUUGAAUCAGAAGGAACUGAGGAUUCCAGCUGUGGCCCAGUGAAUGGGCACAUGGGAAGAGCAGAAGGAAAUGCCCUCAGAGCAAUGACCAUGUCAGUGUCACCUGAUAAACUGUGGAUCGGUUUUUUUUUUUUUUUUUAGUUGAAAGAGGUGAGACAGUAUUCAUAAUAAUAAUGAAGGUAAUAAUAGCAAUGAUAAUAAUGAUGGUUAAAAGAAAUCAUUGCGAAUGUUCUGUUCCCACCCCGCACGCAGACACUCCUUAACGAUUGUCACCAGCCCCCAGCACCGGAUGGAAGAAUGCUGGCGUUUCCACAUGUACUGGCCUGGGGUUCCUCCCCACACUGUCAGGAUCCCCAGUGUCCUCGAAUAACCCCUCCCUCCUCCAAGAAGCCGAUGCCACGGGACUCUGUGUACAUUUUCACCUCCAUGAACAGUCCAGAAAACCUGCUUGCUUCUCUCUUCUUGCCUGGAGAUCCUUCACCGUCACACGCUUUUGUUGCAUAUAGGAAUUCAUGCUGCAAAACAAAGUAAAGCUUCCCUGAAAGGUGCAUAGUUUGGGGCAAUGGUAGCUACAUCUCCUGCUCUCGAUUCUCCUGUGACCGAAUGCAAAUCUGAAUUCUAAGAGGUUUAUGUUUGGCCACUGUUUUGAACAGUGGUAUUUUGUUAUGAAUUAUCCCUUUAACUGAACCGUUCAGUUUUACUGUUUACAUUAUUAGGAAAACAGGGAUUUUUUGAAUCUAAAAAUUUAAUAUACAGCAUGUGAUUUUUGAAGUUUACAUGUAAAGUCAUUUUACAGUGUAGAUGAAAAUAAUGUUUGUCCUGUUCUGAAAUGUGUCCUGCAGUCAUGUUUUUGAGUGUUUUGUUCAAAGUACAUGAUAGACAGUCUUUUACAAUAAAAGGGUAAAGAUUAUUUUAUUUCUUCCAGAUGUACAUUUAUCAACCUGAUUUAAAAAAAAAAAAAAAAAGGAAAUGAUUGAACCCAAAUCCAGUUAUGUAAGUUCAUUGCCCUAAACUGUGCUGAUUGUGUUUAAUCAAGUUAAAAAUCUCCAACAUCAUUGUGUAACUACCAGCUUUCCUGCAAUUUCUGAAAGAUGACAAGUUAUAAAUGCCAGACUUGCUUAGAGUAGAUUAUCAACUUUACGCUGUGCUAAAGCUGUGCCUUUAAAACUCUUUGUUUAGAACAUGAGAUGGUUUUGUAGGCAGUUUCAGAAGAAGAAGAAACCCACACUUCAGUUAUCACAGCUCCACCCAGCCCCUGCGACUCUGCCUUUCCAGUCACUGUACAUCAGGUUCCCGGGAUCGCUGUGCCCAUCAGUGUGGCCUGCCUUACAGCGACUUUGGGAGCCUGCAGCAGUGCUACCAACUGCUACUCACUGACUGCGGAGAGCGGCUGUCCAGUGAUCCUAACCUCACUGUAAUAUAGCUGCACAGAUCUGGACUUCGCGUAUUUAAAUCGAUCGAUGCUAUGAUCUGGUUCCCUUGCCACCGCGGCCACCGCCACCAUUAAUUCUGGCAUCCAGUCCAUUUUGGUAUCUGAAGUUCUGUGGUUCCUUUGACCCCAGACUUAUAAAUACAACACCAUGAAGUAAAGACAAGGUAUACAUUCAAUGAUUUGAGUAACUGUUUCCUUUGUGGCCAAUCCCUGUAUGCUUUUAGAAGUUUACAAAUGCUGUUUUUGUCUGUAACCGUCUCUGUCAUUCAUUUUUGUUGUAAGCUGUUUGGACAGAGUGAGGAAGUUUGCCUUUAUCUCCUAGUGCUAACAGUACACUCCAGUCUUGAGCCAGGCUUUACAAAAUAAAGCACUUUGAUGACUCUCAA